UAUAUCAAAUAAAUAAGCGAUUGUCUGAAGGAAAAAUCUAUGUAUUCACCUUGCGACUAAGCACCAUUACUGGAGAAACCAAAAGAAAGAUAAUUACACAGACCAUAUCAGUGACAAAGAAACCUCAGCCUCAACUAGAAAUAAAUUGCUUAAAAAAUUGUGGUAUGAAUAAUUUCAAAACAAACCCAAAGGAAGUGGUCUACCUAGAGGUAAACGUUUUGAACAAACUCGACAUCAACGAUGUUACCUGGCAAUAUUCAAUCGGAGCCGGUCCAGAAAAUGAUGUAAACGAUUUGAAAGUACCUGGAGUCGAUGAUCGUAUCCUUAUAGUGAAAGAAAACAAGUUGAUACCUGGCUCAAUCUACACUUUCUUUGUCAGCGCAAAAUCCAAUGACGGUGUGGUUGUGGAAUCAAACAUCAAAAUGACAGUGAACAGUGAGCCCAUACUAGGUGACUGUAGCAUCCAGCCUGUUGCUGGCGACAGUCUGUCAGUGGUCCCACACUAUGAUAUUGCUUGUGUUGGCUUCCGCGAUAAAAAUAAAAUGGGUCCCCUCAAUUACGAAUUUUACCAAAUGUCGUCAAAACAUGUAGGACAAGGCACAUUACUAGGUUACAGCAUAACAGGAAAAUUAGAGAAUGUGAUUCUGACCGAUGAAACUAUACGAGUAAAAGUGUCAGACACGUACGGAACGUACGUCGACUACGUGACGACAGUACAGAAACUACAGUGA